GCACUCGGACGGGGACGUCGCCAUGUCCCCAACCCCGGGGUGGCCGCUGGUGGCGGGGGGAUUCCGGAGGAAUUGGUCCCCCCGCGAUGCCCUGGCACGGGGCCUCGGCCCGCUGCAGCCCCACGGGAACCAAACGCAGACUGCUGGAGCCGGGAGCUGCUGCGUGGAGCUGAUCUCGGUGGCUGGAAUCCCACCCGGCGGCAGGAGGAAGGGCCCCGGGCCCGUAGCGAGGCAGCGUCUGGCCCACAAAGGGUUACGCAAGGCAGCACCCAGGAGUGUCACCGCUGCCACCAGCCCUGGCGCUCAGCUCCUUCCUGGUCACAUUCAGCCGCGGGGGACGAGCCACAACACGGUGGCUGCCAUGGAGGAGAUGCUGAUCUGGGAGCAGCACACGGUGACGCUGAGCAAGGACCCUCAUCGGGGCUUCGGUUUUGCCGUUUCGGGUGGCCGGGACCAUCCCAACAAGGUGACUGGGGACACGGCGGUCAUUGUCUCAGAUGUGGUGUCCAGGGGACCGGCGUUUGGCCAGCUUCAGAGGAGGGAUCAAAUCGUGAUGGUGAACGGCCUUUCCAUGGAGAAUGUCUCAUCCUCCUUCGCCAUCCAGACAAUUAAGUCCUGCGGCAAGAUCGCCAACAUUACACUGAAAAGACAAAAGAAAAUCCACCUCCCCGCGAGCAAAAGCAGCCCCGCAUCCCCUGCUGUGACCCGGCGCUACGACUCAGACGAGGACUACGACCCUCGUGGUGGGGAUCCGGCCCUGCGCAGCGCCAGCCAGCACCGCUCCCGAGAUGACCUGGACCACAACCAGGGCUACGACGGGGACUCGUCCAGCGACAGGAGCUCUGGUCAUCACCAGGACGACCGCCGCCACUGCAAGUCGUCCCGCAGCCGGAGGCGAAGCCAGGACAGCAGCCACUGGAGGCGGAGCCCCGACAGCGGCUCGGAGCACAGGGGUUACAGCCGGCACCGCUCCGCCAACGGCUUCGGCCCCGAAGGGGGCACCAACGGGCUGGCACUGGUGUCGGGGUUCAAACGGUUGCCGCGCCAGGAUGUGCCGACGAAACCCAUCACAUCAGUGCUGGUGAAGAAGAAGGAGGAUGAAGAGUACGGCCUGAAGCUGGGCAGCCAGCUCUUCAUCAAACACAUAGUGGAGAGCGGGCUGGCGGCGAGGCGCAGCUCCUUGCAGGAGGGAGACCUCAUCCUGAAGAUCAACGGGGUGGCCAGCAAGGACAUGUCCCUGGCUGACACCCAGCGGCUCAUUGAGCAGACGGAGGGGAUCCUGACCCUGCUCGUCCUCCGGGACCACCGGCAGUUCCUGAUCAACAUCCCCAACAUGGAAGACUACCAGAGCGACAGCUCCCGGAUGGACGAUAUCUCCGACAUCGACUCUGACCUGUCCCACCCACCAUCCCCUAAGACCUCCCCACAACUUCCAGCUGCUGCCAGGAUGAAUUCACCAGGAGAGAGGAGACGAUCAAGCAGGAGUUCUGCAACCAACACAAACAUGGACGAUGCCCUGGGCCGUGACAUGCUGGAAGCUGUGGAACAGGAUGGCCACCACAGCCCCCGCAGCAGACCCAGUGCCCAAGCUGACCCCAGGGAUGGGUACAGUCCUGACUCCAGAGUUGUGCAGUUUGUGAAGGCCAGGAGCGUGGGGCUGCAGCUGGCUGGUGGGAACAAUGUGGGCAUCUUCGUGUCGAGCGUGCAGGAGGGGAGCCCAGCCGACAGCCAGGACAUCGAGGAAGGGGACCAGAUCCUGCAGGUGAACAGCACCAGUUUCCAGAACCUGACCCGUGAGGAGGCAGUGCAGUGCCUCAUGAAGAUCCCGCCGGGUGAGGACGUCACUUUGUGGAUCCAGAGCAAGCAGGACAUUUACAGGAAGAUGAUCUCCUCCAACAUGCGCGAUUCCUUCUACAUCCGGACGCAUUUUGACUAUGAGAAGGACACGCCGUCGGGGCUCAGCUUUGCCCGUGGGGACGUCUUCCAUGUGCUGGACACCAUGUACCGCGGCAGGCUGGGGCACUGGCUGGCUGUGCGCAUGGGCAGGGACCUGCAGGAGCAGGAAAAGGGCAUCAUCCCCAACCAGAGCAGGGCCGAGCAGUUUGCCAGCCUGGAGUCCGUGCAGAAAGGCACACCUGGCACCAACCCGCUGGGGGCACGGGCUGAGUUUUGGAAGCUGCGGGGCCUGCGGGGAGCCAAGAAGAUGUUGCGGAAGAGCCGUGAGGACCUCUCUGCUCUCACAAAGCAGGGCCACUACCCCCCAUAUGAGAGGGUGGUUCUGAAGGAAGCCAGUUUCAAGCGGCCGGUGGUGAUCCUGGGCCCCAUCACAGACAUUGCCAUGCAGAAACUGAGCAUGGAACAGCCCGAGCUCUUUGAGAUUGCACCGAGUGUGCCACGAGAUGGGGCGUCGUCUAAGGUCAUCAAGCUGGAUUCGGUGCGGCAGAUUGCUGAAAAGGACAAGCACGCACUGCUGGACAUCACGCCCUCGGCGGUGGAGCGCCUCAACUACGUGCAGUACUACCCUGUGGUGGUGUUCUGCGAGCCCGAGAGCCGGCAGGGCAUCAAGGCCAUGCGGCAGUGGCUGGCACCUGACUCCAGGAAGAGCUCCCGGCGCCUCUACACCCAGGCCAGCAAGAUGAAGAAAUACUGCAGCCACCUCUUCACAGCUACCAUCACCCUCAGCGGCAGCGGCAACUCCUGGUAUGAGGAGAUCAAGAGCAUCAUCAGGAAGCAGCAGAGCCAGCCCAUCUGGACGGCAGCAGAGCACGUGGAUGCGGCGCUGGAGGACAGCCUGGAGCUGCUGAACCCUCCCAGCAGGGCGGCCUCAGGCUACCUGACUUGCGACAGCCACGCCAACAGCGACUACGAUGACACGGAUGGUGAGGGGGGCGCCUACACCGACGGCGAGGCGGAGGAUGCCUACGGCCAUCCUGCACUGUCCCGCUCCUCUGAGCCGGCGCAGACGUACCACAGUCACGAUGUGAGUGAGCAGGUGACGGAGCAUCAGGGACAGUGGGCGCAGGAACACCUCAGGGAUUACGAGCGCGAGGCUGUGAGGAAGAGAUUCACACAAGCCAGGGAUGACUCAGAUGAGGACGAAGGCUACGAGUGGGGCCCGGCUACAGAUGUGUAGUGAGAUCGAUGUCUGCGCACGACCCCUGAGCAUCACUGUGCAUCUCUGCCCCGCAGGGCCCCUCAGUCCUACCGCAGCUCCGUGCCACCAGGGUUGGGUGACAGCCCUGGCAGUGCCACGCAACACCCCCCAGCUGUGCGGGCUGUGCCUGCGCCACCAAGUGCCUCCUUCCCCUGCUUCAUCCACUGCCUCAGGAUGAAAUAAAGGGGACGUUUU